AUGCUUGAACCAAGGAUAUCGAAACGCGAGAAGAAGCUGCAGCUCAACUACGAACUGCCCACCUGCAUACACUGUUCCGCGAUAUAUCCGAUACCUGCCCCGAAUGGCUCGGAUGUCAUCAUCUACGGACACGAGAGAGGUAUUCGAGUGAUAUGGCGAGGUGGCAGGAGGCGCAAGCAGCGUGCCAAUCCACCCAAGACGAACGGAGCCAGUAACGAGGUGAUUUUGCUGGAUAGUGACGAUGAGGGACAGCAAAAUCAAGACGAAGCGCCCAAAGCUCAGGACCAAUAUGAAGACACUGAGGAUGAUGAAGACCCGGAUUGCUCAUACCCACCCAUUAUACAAGAAGUUGACCUGGAGCAUGGUUCGCCUGUUCUCAGCAUUGCUGUGCCAGCGAUCACUCCAGCAGCCAUAUCGCAGCUACCGCAGUACGCCCAGACACACAUCAUCGUCACGCAGGCCUGCGCAAAUGGUGGGAUAGUUGUUACGGCUAUCGGGCUCCAGCCGCCAACAGAAGCUGAGAAGCGGAAUGGUUCAUUCCAGAUCGACGAGGAAUGGCUAGCAGAAGGCGGUAGCAUUGCACGGAGUCUUGCUGUGAGGAUCUCGCACAAUCAGGAGCACCAUCACGGCUGUCAGAUCUUGGUCGCUACUGCUGGCGAAAACUUAUCUCUGUGGAGUGUCGCAGUUAGCCAGAGGCGGAGCAAUCCCAAACGGCUACUUCAUCAACCGCGGUCAACGUUCAAAGUCGCUUUUCCAAGCUCUAGGAGCCAAGGUCACCUUCUGACGUCGGAAAGAUCCGGUGCGGUGCGCAUGUUAGAUCAUACGGAGAACCGCCUGGCCGAUGGACGACCAGAGUCGCGAGGCUCUGCAUCAGGACCGACGUCUGGAAACCAGGCUCCAGGCCGGUGGUUCAUGUCAUACUGCACUCCAUUUCAUAGCUCCAGCGGUGGUCACAGUCUUGCUCGGCGAAAGAACAUCCUUGAUACUGCAUGGGUGUUGAGCGCCCGUGCGAUACUGGUCCUCCUGGAAGACGGUGAGUGGGGUGUGUGGGAUAUGCGCGGCGCCUCGAGCGGCAACAAGAGCCCUGAAGAGUUUGCUCUUCAUGGCUACUUGGGCGCAUCCUCAUCAACAGAGCUAGCAGAAGCUGGGAAGCAGAAGAAGGGAGGCGCACGGCUAGCUCCCAUGACACCGAACACGAGAAGGACCAAAUCCGAGAAUCUGUUCAGUGGCCCCGAAAAAGUGCAGGGCGUCGCGCCUUCUGGUGGAAUCUCGGUGUCGCCGAUAAACACUCGCUCUGGUGCCGUCGACGAGAGCAUAGUCAUGUGGUACAACAACGAGAUCUAUUCGAUCACUUCCAUGCAAACCUUCUGGCAACGGAGCUCAAAUCCGACCAACAGCGCCUCCGGCUUCGGAUCGCUCUACACGCCUGGCCUCACUCACAUCACCGAUAUCAACCUCAUGAACGAGAACAUCACCUCCAUCUCGCAAUUUGCCUCCCGAUCAACGUCCAGUUCCACCGGCCAGAUGAAUGUCCCACGAGACAUCCUUGUCUCGACUGAGAGCCGCUUCAUCAUCCUACAACACCAGGCCUCACCCACCGCCAAACGCGGCCUCUUCCAGCAAGUGGCUCAGCAGCCUACUAUGCAAGAUCAGCGCAUGCUGGAUGCUGGCGAGCUCGACCUCGGAGGCAUGGACCGCCUUCUGGACGGCAUGGCGACAGGAGGUAGAACGAGGAAAGUCGGCUUUGCUAAUUAA